GCUCCCUCAGGCAACUCAGAUGGUGUCACCCCUCGCUAAAGCUGGUCCCCGGCCAAGGUAGCCGAAGCCGGCCUCGGCUUUACACCGCCCCGUUUUGCGUCCGAUAUAUUUAGUGCUCCUUAAGCGACCCCAGCGGAGUGCGCGCAAGAGGGCGCCGACAAGAGGCCGCCAUACGAAGAUCGACCGGUACGGACGGAACUUUGUGAUGGGACAGGAGCGCCCACGAGGCACAGCGAGGCACAAAUAUAAGCUUAUACACACAUAAUGGGAGGUGCUUACACAUUGCUAGACUUGCUGUGGGCGCUUCCGGUGGACGCGCGGGCAGCUGUCUUUGGCGCUUCUUUUUCGCUGAAGCUGGCCGGCUGCCGCCGCACCUGCCGCGAGCUCCAGCAGCUUCAUGACAGCACUAUCACGUUUGUGCGCCUGCGGCCUCCCGCACAGCACCAGAACCUCGCGUCGCCGCUUGCAAAGUUUGCGCGCUGCACCCAGCUUGAGGUCAAUGCGCAGCUUCGGCUACUGACUCGGCAAUCCAGGCCCCGCCAGUCGCCUCGUGGCAGCGGCAUGGGUGCAGACGUGGAGCCAUCCGGCGCUGUUGACCCUCUGAGCGCCGUGCUAGCUGGCGUGACACCUGCGGCCAGGGAGCGGAUCACGCACCUAACCGUCAGCGGGAAGGUGUCGGACCGGUUGAGUGUCGCACGGGCGGUGGUGGCGCAGCUGCCCUUAUUGACAGUGCUGGAGCUGGUCUGCGGAGAGGUCGGCAGCUGCGACUCCGCCGGCUACAGCGGCUUCGGCUAUAGAGACUACAGGAGCCGCCAAGCUGCUGACCAUGCACCUCAGGGUGGCAUCUGCGGCAUCCUCGGCGCCCGCCUGCCUGCCCUGCAGCAGCUGACUCUGUCACAUGUGCUGACGGGCGCUGACCUCACCGGCUUGGCCACACUGGCUUCUGGCUGCCCACACCUGCGAGAGCUGACCCUGACCUUUCCCGCGCCGCCGUCGCCCAGCGGUGGCAACGCCGCCGCCUCUGGCCCCACCACCACCAGUGGUGCCGCCAGCAACCCCAUGCGGGCGGCGCUCGAGGGCCUGGCGCAGCUGCAACGGCUGGAGCGCCUCACGCUGGCCUUGGGCCUCUCCGCCAGAUGCAACAGCGGUGCCGGGCCGCUGUUGACAUCGCUGCUGGCCAGCCACCGCCCGCCGCAGCUGCGCACCCUGGCGUUGUUGCCUUGCCAUGGGCACUGGCGGCGGACGCUUGACGUGGGCUUUGAGCCAGGCAUGAUCGGUGCCCAGGGGGCGGAGGCGGAGGCGUCCUGGGGUAUGAGCCGCGUUGAAGUCGACAUCAACCAGGCGGAGGCCGUUGGGCUGUCGCUUUUGGUGUCGGCACUCCUGGCAGCUGCGGACAGCCCGCACCAGCAGAGCAUUCCUCAGCUGCUCCUCAGCAGCCGGGAUGGCAGUUGGGAGCUGGCGCGCAAUGACUUGCAGCCGGAGGCCGCCCUGCCUCGGCUGCUCGCCCGCUGUGCACAUGUGGAGGUGGACCGCCUGCCCUGCGUGUAUAAUCCAGGAGACUGGCACAACGCUGGUGGCAACACCGCUGAGCUGCUACUGGCAGCGCGGCUGCUGGGGCUGCCGCGUGAGCUGCAACUGCGGCACGGCAUUUGGAUGUGCCGGGAUGCAGUGUGUGGCACGGGCAUCACUACAGCAGCGGUGGCGGCGGCAGCGGCGGCAGCGCCUGCGGCUGCUGGCACUCCCGCUGGGCAGCCGGAAAAUGUGGAGCGUCAGCAGCAGCUAGGCCUGGGUGGCGGCACUGCAUACGGGUGCCGUGGCUGCAUACGUGGCGCAGCGGGCGGCGGCGGCGGUGACGGCGGCAGCAGGCCGUUUUUGCACCUGGACACGGCCAGUCCGGAGGAGGUGUUACGGGAGGCCUUGGACCGGCUGUGGGCGGAGGCGGCGGUACAUGCAAACAGUGCAGCACAGGCCAUCGAGCAGAGAGGUGGAGCAAAUGGCCAUGCCGACUGCCCUCGCGGUUGCAAUAAAAGCGCAGCGAGCAGCAGCAGCAGCCCCAGCGGCGGCGGUAGAGCCGAAGCUUGCGGUAGCGGCGGUCAGGUGAUGCCAGGUCUGUUGCUGCUGCAAGGCAUGCCGCCGCCAGCCCCUGGGCACAGCGGUUACCCUGCAGCCCCGGAUGCCACGGCCUGGUAUGACUGGCUGGAGGGUGUGCUCGCCUCGUGCUUCACCGCCGCAGAAGUGCCGCAGCCACUCAUGGCAGCAGCCCAAGCGCGGAUCAUGGGGUGCCAGGGAGAGCCGUCCCUGCCUGGCGACAUCCGCGAGUGCUUCCGCGAAGGCUGUCACGUGGCAGUGCCGGCGGCAGGCGUGCUGCUGCUCAAGUGCAUGCGUUACGCGGACGCGAAGGCGCUGGCCACGCGUGUGGCGGCUGCUGCUGCUGCUGCUGGAGGGGCGGGGGGUUUGUCAGCUGUUGCUUCUGUUUUACCUGAUUUCGGCGCGCUCACUACUGUAGAAGGCGCCCUCUCAUGGCGGGUUUUUCAGGUGCUCAUGGAGCUGUGGGCGCGGUCUGCAGGAGCGCGAGCUGACACUCCAGAUGCCCGCGGGGUGGCAGGUGCCGCGAGCGCCAUUGGUGGUGCCAGUGCCAGUUGCGGCGGCAGCAGUAGCACCGGCAGCACGGGCGGGACUCAGCUGCGCGGGGGCAGCCGGGUGAGUGAGGAGGUGCUGGUGCGGCUGCAGCGGCUGGUGGAUCUGGACCAGGUCGUGUGGCAGCUGUGGUCGGCGGCAGAGCAAAGCAAUGAUGACAACGACUAUGACGAUGGUUACUAUGACGCAGGUAGCUACGGCGAUAAUUCAGACGCGUACGGGUCUGACUGAUGCCGCGCCUCUACAUAGGGGUUGCGUCGUGGGGGUGGCGUGAGGGCGCGGUUUUAUUGGUGUUGAGGUCCAAGCUGCCGGUACUGCUCCUGCCUGACUGACCACUAGCUGAAUCAAGUUGCUGCGAUGUGUGGGUUCCUGGUGCCAUGUAUGGGUGACUGCUGCCACUGCUGUGUGCGGCUUGGCGCGGUCAGAGCCGGGCGGGUACGGUCUCUGCCGCAUUGUGUGUUAUGGGAGGCAGGGUGUUGGUACCCGUUGCGACAGGAACGAGGCAUGAUGAGCAUGAGGAUGCAUAAAUUACAUAAGUGGAAGAACGCCGGAGGGCGGAGAAUUGAGGUGGUUCGUUACGUACCCGGAAAUGCGCGGGACAGGAAAGGCAGGCUUUGGCUGUGCGGCGAUGGUGCUGCUGGUGCUUCUGGGGAUGUGGCCUUGUGUUCACCGGCGGCUCCGGACUCUUGAUGAGUGUUCGUCGGUGCCCGCUGAUGCCUUCGUCGUGCCAGACGUGUCUGGAAGCU